AAAAGUCUAAGCGAGUACUCUAUCUUUAUUAGUACUAAUACUUUAUUUUGCGUCUAUUAUUUUGCGUACAUUAUUUUGCGUCUAUUUAUUAAUUUGAAUUUAAUUGUAAUAAUAAUAUAUUAAUUGAGCGUGAGGGAUAUACAGCAUAGAUGUAUCCGCAUUGAUUUGAAUCCCUGAAAUAGUGAGCGUGAUGUGCAGUUUGGAGAGACGCGGCGAUGUUUUCAUCCUCACAAUCAGCGGCGACGACCAGCACCGCCUCAACCCCCAACUCAUCGACUCUAUCCGGGCGGCGCUAGCCCGGGUGAAGUCGGAAUCCUGCGCCCUCAUCACCACCGCUCAGGGUAACUUCUUCUCCAACGGCUACGACCUCCAGUGGGCACUAUCCGACCCGGCCCGAAUCCGCCCCAAGAUCAUGUCCAAGAAGCUCCGCCUCUUGGUGGAGGACCUAAUUUCCCUCCCCAUGCCCACAAUCGCCGCCCUCAACGGCCACGCCUCCGCCGCCGGCUUCAUCCUGGCCCUCAGCCACGACUACCUCCUCAUGCGUAAGGACAAAGGCUAUCUCUACAUGAGCGAGCUCGACAUUGGUUACGCAAUCCCCCAAUGGUUCGUGCAGGUCGUCAAAAGCAAGAUUGGGUCCCCCAAGAUUUGUAGGAGCGUGGUUAUGACGGCGGCCAAGAUCACGGCGGAGAUGGGGGUCGCCUGGGGGAUUGUGGAUUCGGCCCACGACGGCGCUGAGGCGACGGUGGACGCGGCGGUGAAGCUGGGGACGGAUUUGAUGAGCAGGAAGUGGGAUGGGGAAGUGUACGCCGCUAACCGGAGAGUCGUGUUUGCUAACGUGUUGGCGGUGCUCGGCUCCGAUGAGUCUGUUGGGGAUUCCGGCGAUGCUGACGUGGCUUCAAGAUUGUGAUUUUCUGACUCACCCAUACCACACAACUUUGAAUUAUCCCCUUUUCUUUUCUGGUUGAUGAGAGGAGAAGUCAUUCAUCUGCAGAUUGAUGUGUUUGUGUAAAACUAUAGUACUACUUUUAAACUUUAUUAUAGUGGUUAUAUGUGACUAUUUUGGAGAUACAUAUGAUUUGAAAUGAAACGUUCUGAUCAUUUUUAA